GCCUUUCCCGAAAUCCGAUUGGACGACAGGCGCCUUGGCCGACGUGACGCAGCCAGGAAUUCCCAAAGUUCCCAAGUUCACGGGAAGAGAGGAGCGUUGUUCCUGCUGACAAACUAAACGUUUUUGGAGGAAAAAAACAGCGAGCGGCUGAAGUGUGAGCCACCGGGGAUAUCGUGAAGCCGAAUCCGUUCCGUGCUGUGCCAAAUCGAGCCUGACGAGGGCGAUGUCUGACAACAGCAACAGCACCGGCAGCACAGGCUCCUCCACCAACAGCUGGACCCUCCUCUCCCCCGAGGAGGCUGCAGUUGAGAAUGUGGGGCCCGUGGACGAUGGCACCGAGAGCCUGGGCGACGUCCCCAGUCUCUCUGAGGAGCUGGCAGGAGCCACUGCUGAAUUCAAACCAGGUGACAUACCUGUAGAAACGGUCCUAUCUGAGGAGGGCCAUCAGGUGUGUCAAGAGACCUCUCCAGAGUCCAGUGAGGGUCCCAUCCCUUCUAGUCCAUCCCGACUGAGCCCUCUUCCACUGAGCCUCCUCGAUCCUCCAGACCUCGACCCGGAGAGUCAGCCUCCAGUCAUCCAUGACAUAGUAACCAGCUCCCCCAGUGACAACGAGACCCAAGGAGCCAUGCCGUUCGUCACCAACAUUGAUUUGGGAGCACAACUUGAUAUUCCGGUAGUUGAAAUCCCCUCAGCUGAGCCCGAGGAGUCCUGCUCUGCUGCCGUCAUGACUGAGACCUCUGUGGAACUCGGGCUCGACCCGGCCGCCGAUGCUGGACCGAUUCCUGCAAUUUCUGCUGACGCCGAAGUUAGCGUCCCCACAGAGACCCUGACUGCCGCUGAUACUCCGUCUCAUGUCGAAGCUGAUGUCAGCUUUGUUCCAGAGAGUACAGAGCCAUCGAGCUUAGUCCCAGAGAGCCUGGUGACAGAACAAUCCAGGGAAGAAAGUCCCGCUCCAGAGACCGUUGGUUCAGCCGAGGCAGAGGAGGAGGCUUCUGCUGCUGAAGAGGACCCAGCAAGGCUAUCCGAGACAGAAUUCCAAGAUGAGAGAGAAGAAGAAGAAGAAGAAGAAGAGCCAUCCAGCAGUUUUGAUUUGGGCGACUCCAGCAGCAUCGAUGACGGACUGAGGAGGAGGAAUGUGCCCUCCUUUGAGGCACCAAGACCAAAAACCUCCGACGAGGAAGACGAGGAAGAGGAAGUGGAGUUUAAGCUGGCUGAGAAGAAGGAGGAAAAGCCGUGGCUCUCGAUGAACAAAUGCAUUGUGGGUGCUCUGGUCCUGCUCUUCUUAGGUUCCCUGUUUCUCUCAGGUGACUAUGACGACUCUGAACUGGGUGACGGAGAACAAAGCCAGGACUGGCUUAGCGGUGAUCCACAGGAUAUGAAAGAGCUAUUGGAUAAACUGACACAGGAAAACCAGCAAAUCACUCAGCUAGAGGCUCAACUGAAGUCUCAGAAAGAAGAACUGGACUUGGCGUUGAAGGCGGUAGCAGCAAGUGGCGAUGAGCAAGGUAAAGCAGAUCUGGAGCAAGAAAAUGCUAACCUGAAGUUGGAGCUGUCUUCUUUGCCGGAGCUGAGGAAAGAGCUGGAGACUCUGAGAGCCAGAGUGACCGAACUCAGCCAGCUCACAGCUGAUCAGGAAAUACUCCCGGAUACUUCUAGCUCAGCCUCUCAGCCUGAUGACAAAGAUAGUCAGAGGAACCAGAAAGCAGCUGCUCCAGAGAGGAGAAAGGACUCAAACGAGAGGGGAAAGCUGAAGGAGGAGCUCCAGCGGCAGAAGGUUCUUUUGGAGGAGAGCAAGAAAAGACUGGACGGGAUGAAAAAAGAUGGAGGAGACAGAAAACGAGUGAGGGACAACUUGGAGGAGAUCCAGAAGAAACUCUCGGAGCAAGUUGAGAGGUGGGGGAAGAAGAAGCCGCAGGAGCACAAAUGGAAAGGGAACAAAGGCAAGAAAGAGGGGAAGAAGGAGUGGAGAGGAGAGAAAGACUGGAAGCACAGCAAAGAAGGAGGAGGAUGGAGGGACAAAGAGGAGAAGAAGGAGAAGGAGUGGAAGUCCCAGAAGCAAAACUCUCACAAAGAAGCGUGGAGGAAACACCAGGAUGAGUGGGAGAGGAAGAAGGACGAGCGUAAGAUGGACAGAGAGCAGCGGAGGAAGGAGAAACCGUGGCACAGCAAGCCCGGAAAAAGCUCCCAUCAUCAGCACCAACAGCACCAUCACCAGCCUCGCCAGCCUCAUCAGCACCACAACAGCGACUUCUGGAGGGACCAGGAACAGAAGCUCCAGCGCAACGUCCGCCCUCAGCUGGGCUGCACAUCCGUGGACGACUGCGCCAGCAAGGAGGGGCUCUACCCGGUGGAGCUGUCCGAGUUCGAGGAGUUGCUGGAGGGCUACCUGAGCAAGCUGGAGGGCUCCUCACCAGAGAGCAAGGACAAGAUCAGGAAGCUGACCACGGAGUUCUUCGAGGACGGCGUCUUUAUCCACGACAGGGUUCUUUUUAGCGACUUUGCCGAGGACGUGGCGGACAUUCUGGAAGACAUGGUGGACGUUUUAGAGGACCACGGCAAGAAGGACGACGACUCCCUGGAGGAGGAGAUGGAGGAGUUUGAACGAGAAGCCCUGUGGAAGUUUGCCGCCACGGCUUAAAAAAACAGACCGAGAGGAGAGGAGUAAAAUCCAACUUGAAGAUACAGCACAAGUGGUGGUUUUUCUAGGACAUUUCUUGCCUACCUUCUCCUCUUCAGAGCUGUAAUUGCAGUAGCUUCUGGUACAGAGUGGUUGUGCCUCUCAUAAAUGUGUCCCUCUGAGUCUCUAAUUAUAAGCUAGACUUGUAUUUGUCAUUUUGGACUUAGUUGUUGUUACCUACCUCUGUCAGGUCAUGCCUCCUAAAGCAAAGUCCUUCAGUAACGUGUCGUGUGAAUCCUCCUCUGCUACUUAGUGCUUUACAUAGUGCAUGUUAAAGUUCACGAUGUACAUUUAAACCGAUAAUAUUCAGAUCGCACACAGAAAAACAAGGUCUUAGGUGAUGGUAUAUGCAAAUAAUUCUGCUUGGCAGCAGCGUGUAGGAUGAAUCAGGACAGUUUCUAUAGUUCACGUCAGUAACAGAAAAAAACCUGUUUAAUUGACUGUUAAAUGCUUUUCUGUCAUUUGAUUCGACGUGUUGUGUGGGAAAACCACCGACCUCCUCUCCAAGCAGGUUAAAACAAAUGCUAGCACGUUUUUUGCAGAUACCAUUCGCCUCAAGUCAGGUGUAACUGUCCAAUCCCAGAGGAUGAGAUCCCGGUUCUUUCAGUGAUAAGAAUCAAAUCAGGUCGGACCAGUUUUGUGUCAGCAGCUGACUGCAGACUGUUUGACUUUCUAGACGUGAAAGACUUUUCAUCCUCUGACUCCCAACUGUCAGUUGACGGCAGAUGUGUGGAACAAUCCGGGAGAUAUUUCGUUUAAAAAAUAAAAAAAAAAGUCAGCGCUGCUCAAAAUGCAAAAAGCAAUAGGACAAAGUGAUAGCCAUAGUUCAAUUGAUGACUGCUAAACCACUUUAGCACUUUUCUCAGACAUUUGAGGAACAAAUUUUCUCACUUUUCAUUUCCGUUUUGUUCUUUUUCAACCAUUCUUUGAUAUCUUUUUGUAAAACAGCCAUGGGGACCUCUGACACAUGAUCUGCUUUUAGAGGUGAGGGAUCUGUAGGAAUCCCUGGAGAGUUUCUUUCGUUCAUUUAACUCAGAUUGGCAACCAAACCGCUGUUUUCUUUUUUUCUUUGCUUUUGUUGAACAAAUAUGAAUUGAUGUGCAUGAUUUAGAUGAAUUUAUUUGGGUUGAGGAAAAAAGAAAAACAAAAAAAGAUGUUGCAUUUCACUUCAUUUUUCGAGUUUCUCAGUUGAAUAAGCCGGGCAGAGGUGAAACAAAAACGGCACAAAGCAAAGUAUCGCAGUAUUUUUAGUGAAGUUUUUCUUCUUCUUUCCAAUUCGAUGUUUCCGUCUUUCCGUGGAAGUGAAGUUAAAAUAGACAGAUUGUGAUUGUUGGCUUCCAUUUUUCAGUGAUUGAAAGAAGCUUUGAAGUGUUUCAUGUUUAUUUAUUCUGUCACUACACUGCAGCUCUUUUCUUAUUUUUAUCCAGAAGAACCACAGACUUUGUCCCAGGCCGUUGAAUGUGAAAAAAACGGUUUUCAUUCAGUUUUGGUUUUCAGAAUUUUUAGCUCGCCAGCUACUGCUUAUGUGCCUUUAUUAUUCUAAAUAUCCGAGAUUGGACAAGAGGUCUUUGAUUUCAUUUGCUUGUGCAAGAUAAAGAAGUUUACACUACUUGGGGUUUUCCUGCUGCUUAUUGGGCAGAGAGUGAAUGUCGUAGAGUUUACACGUCAAGUGUUGAACCGAUUUUUCGUUAAAUCUUUCUCUGCUGUUUGUAGAGGGCGAUGUUUUUUUUCUGAAGGUUUCUAGACCAAAGUGAUCGAAAGAAGGCAUACUGUAAUAUCUAAACAUACGAAUCCUUUAACAGAGAGUUGAAUCAAUAUUUGAGAAGUAUUUUUGUCUUUGUGGGACAACAGUAGGGCUCUGUGUUUACGGAUAGUGUAGGAAGUGGCUGGAUGUAAUGGAUCCCUGAACGAUCUCUUAUUUCUCCCAUCAUCAGUUAUGUCCUCUUUUAGGGAAGUCAGUGUUAAGUUCAAUAAAUUUUUCACCAUUAA